UUGACAAGAAUUUUCAUCAAGCACGUGUCGCGUGUGUCGCAUAUGCUUUCCCCACAACCCCAAUUCAACCCCAGCUGCACCCCACAACUCUGACCUUCGGGUUCGAGAUACCGCCACUUCAAUCGAAGCAACGCUCAGGAAGCCUCAACAAAGGCCAAUCUUAUGCAUUUCUCCUUUGUGCCAAAAUGGAAUGCAGGGUAGUAUAAAAUUUUUUACCAGGAUGAAGUGAAAUGGUCUGAUCAACUGUCACGAAGGACCCGAGGCCGGGCCAAAGGAUGCUCAAAUAUUGUGGGCGGCCUUCAACCCGACCAAACAGUUGAAAUUGAAGGAUCUCAUGAUUGUUGACAAUAUGAGUUGUUCAGUGCAAGUCAUGGUCCUGGAGUCCAUUGUGUUCUGGACUCUGCCAGCCUGUUCAACAUGUAUCAAGGGCAGGAGCCGUGGAGGUUGUGCCCUUGUUACCCCAGAACUUCAGAGCAAUUUCCCCGCAAAUUCAUGUUAUCAAUUGGUAUUUGUGAAUGACCCCGACCAACAGAUGGAUCGACUUGCGCUGAUUCUAGUGCCACGAUGCACAACUCUCAUUAAACACGAGUUCUAUGUCUGUGCUUUUGUGGUCAAUCACUUCCCCUACGGGGCAGAACAACCGCCACAGCCCAUAAGGAAAGUUGGGAUAUUUUCGUACACAAAGAUCCCAUGCAAAAUCCUUGCCCACCAUGCGUGCUUGGUCCCUCAACAGAGGAAGAAAUAUGGACAUCCGGAAGGCGGCGAGAUUGGCCGAAGAAAAAUUGUAUUUACAACCGUCCAAUGAACAUGGCAGCGGGAGAUCAGCGGCACAAUAUCAGAAGGGGUAAUUAACAUGAACAGAGGCGGCGCCACUUGACUUUUCAUGCAGAAUCUAGAGCGUAGAUACGCAUACCCAGGAUCUCAAAAUCGAAUAUGCAAAUAGGGGAGAUGCAGUACAAACCUUGUUGCUGAUGUUUUCAUUCUGCCAAUAAUGCAGCC